UUCGGUGUCAACACAGAAAGCUGCUACCUCAGCUGCAGGACAGCAAAGCGUUCUCCCAGUUGCAUAAAGUGUUUCCAUGGCGACUCGGAUACAGCAGUUGGCUCAACCCAAACCAAACAGACUAAGAUAUCCAGACCGUCGGUCUGUUUACUGGCUGGAUAAGCUUCCACCAGAAAGGAGCGGAUUAACCACUAAAAUUGAGUUAACCCCCCGCUGGUCGGACUUGUGCAUAAGUAGAAAGUUCUACAAUCAAGUCACAAUUUCUCCCAUAUGGCAGGUCAGUGAAUGGGCUCUUAAGGCCGUCCCAUCCAAACGGGUGUGUCAUCUGGCUCAACCUCGGGCGCCUGCAGCUGGUUGGCAGCCCGCCUGCCCAUUGUCGGUCCCUGUAAGCACACAGACAGCUGUUGCCACUUUACGGAUCUGCCAGCUCGCCCAGCCAAAGCGAAGGCAGGUUCUGGAGAAAUCCAGGCACGAAUCUAAACAUGUACAAGUAAUCCACCUGCCCUCUAAAGCAUCUCCACACAUAGAGCUACUCGCCACUCCGAAGAAUGACCACCCCGAGUUCAAAGGAGACCGCCCAGUGUGCUGGUCCGUUUCCAAAGCUGCAAAGAGCUACAUAACCAGCCAAAGACUUCUUGAUCUGUCCAGUCCUAAAGAGAGGAAGGCUCUGUAUGAGGGAUAUGACCCAUACACGAUCAGCCGGGGAGCCCGAUCAGCCAGCCCCUCUCCCAGAAUACAACAGCUCUGUUUGCCUCUGUCUCGCAAAUGCAGCUCAGAGUAAGAGCAGUGACGGCAAACAC